AUGUUUGCCGAAUCUGGAAGUACCGCAAGAAGACCGUAUCAUCGAGAUCCUGCUGAAUCUAAUUCCGGCGUAGUAGACAAGGAAGCAGGGAUAAGCUUCUAUACGGAUGGUUCCAAGCUGGAUAACCGAGUAGGCGGCGGUGUCUUCUCAGCUAAACUAAAUACCGAAAUCGCCUUCCGGUUACCAGAUCACUGCAGAGUCUUCCAAGCGGAUAUCACCGCAAUUAAAGAAAGCCUUCUUGUACUGACAAGGAGUGUGAUCACAACAAGAAAUAUAUUUAUAUAUACACACAGCCAGGCGGCUUUGAAAUCUCUGAUAUCUCAUAGGAUUUCGUCGAAGAUAGUGAAAGAAUGCCAUGAUCUUCUAGCGGAUCUGACAUCCUAUUUCACGGUAAAUCUUCAAUGGGUCCUAGGACACAGUAACAUCCCCGGGAACUGUGUUGCAGAUGAACUAACCAGAACAGACACCACCCUAGAACUAGUUCCUGGUAAGGAGGACAUAUAUAAGCCUCUGGCUACUUGUAGAUACUUAAUCGACAAACAUGUCAUUAACAUAGCCGAGUGUCAGUGGAAUCAGUCCCUGACU